AUGCAGGCACACGAUCAAAACCUCGCAGAACAACUGCGGGAUGUGAAACAGCAACUCGAGCAACUGCAGUCACAUGGCCAACCAGCUGGAUUGUCAUCGCAAUGCGUACAACUUCGCAUUCCGAAAUUCAACAAAACUAAUCCUCAGCUUUGGUUUUCUCAGUUGGAUCGCCUAUUUCAUCUGCAUAAUGUCACUGACGAUAACAAAUUCGACAUUAUAUCUGUGAAUUUGGAGGAGGAUGUCAUUGCCAAACUGGAGGAUCUGAUCGCAUCGCCACCGCUGACAAACAAAUAUGCCAUUUUAAAGCAGCGCGUGCUCGACAAGUUCGCAGAAUCAUCUGACUCAAAGCUGAAAAGACUUCUGCGUGGCGGCGAAACUGUUGGCAAGAAACCACCGCUCAUUUCGGUAUGGGACGAGAACAACCUUGACAAAUUGGCAGAGAUUGCAGAUAAAAUGCUUGAAGCUAGCGAGCCAGGUUCUGCAUUUGUUGAGUCAACGGCACUAACAGAGCAGCAGCACCAAGUUGAUGCUUUGAGCAGCAAGCAAACCGGCAUGUCAGAAGUAACAUCGGCAUUACGAGCGCUCACUACAAAAGUCAACAAGCUUCAGGACGAGCUACGCCAAUCAAAACAUGCCCAAAUGUCACGGCAUACACAUGAUAGCUCUAAUGAUGUCGGUUCGAAACUAUGUUUCUACCACACUAAAUUCGGUGAGAAUGCUCGCAAGUGCCAGCCAGCAUGUCCACGCUACCAGUCGUCAAACUAA